UUUGGCGCUUCCGGUGAAGGCGCAGAAGCGGUUGCCUGAGCGUGCGGAACGCUGGCCGGUGGCGGCGAUUUUCAGGUUUAAGAAGAAUGUCAUCUGACUCAAGCAAGAAAAGGAAGCCCAAAGUCAUCCGCACAGAUGGAGGCCCACAGGAGGGCAAGAGGGGCAAGCCAGAUGCUGACCAGGAUGCAAAAUACUACAGUGAAGAGGCCGAGGUGGAUCUGCGGGACCCCAACAAAGAUUAUGAACUGUACAAACAGACCUGCCAGGACCUCCAAAAGCUUAUGGCUGAGAUCCAAGAGCUGAAGAGCAAAGGCAGCAAAGACAGUGCCGGUGAGAUAGAGGAGCGCCGCAUCCAGAGCUGUGUCCACUUCAUGACCCUGAAGAAGCUGAACCGUCUAGCUCACAUUCGGUUGAAGAAGGGAAGGGACCAGACCCACGAGGCCAAGCAGAAGGUGGACGCUUACCAUCUGCAGCUCCAGAAUCUCCUCUAUGAAGUCAUGCAUCUGCAGAAGGAGAUCACUAAAUGCCUGGAGUUUAAGUCCAAGCAUGAAGAAAUUGAGCUGGUCACCGUGGAGGAGUUUUACAAGGAAGCCCCUCCAGAAAUCAGCAAGCCAGAGAUUACGCGCAGCGACCCUCACCAGCAGACGCUCUCCCGGCUCGACUGGGAGCUGGAGCAACGCAAGCGCCUGGCAGAGAAGUACAAAGAGAGCUUGGCCAACAAAGAGAAGAUCCUUAAAGAGAUAGAAGUGAAGAAGGAAUACCUGAGCAACCUUCAGCCUCGGCUCAACAGCAUUAUGCAGGCCUCUCUGCCCGUCCAAGAGUACCUCUCGAUGCCCUUUGAUCAGGUCCACAAGCAGUACGAGAUGGCCAGGCACCUCCCUCCGCCCCUCUAUGUGCUCUUCGUCCAAGCCAGUGCCUACGGCCAGGCCUGUGAUAAGAAGCUAGCUGUGGCCAUAGAAGGAAGUGUAGAAGAAGCCAAGGCUCUCUGCAAGCUUCCGGAGGAUUCUCAAGAUGAUGAGAGCGACUCGGAUGCCGAGGAGGAGCAGACCACAAAACGCCGCCGCCCAACUUUGGGGGUGCAGCUGGAUGACAAGCGCAAGGAGAUGCUCAGGAGGCACCCACUCUCGGUCACCGUGGAGCUGACAUGCAAAGAUGGCAGCCUGCUGCUCCUGACCUUCUACUAUCUGAUGAACCUCAACGUCAUGACCGUGAAAGCCCGGGUGACCACGGCCACGGAGAUGACCAUGCCCGUCAGCGCCGGAGACCUCCUGUCCCUUGACUCCCUGUUGAGCUGCCUGUAUCACAGAGAUCAUGGAAAGAAAACGCCCAAUCCAGCCAACCAGUUCCAGUUCGAUAAAGUUGGCAUCGUCAGCCUGAAUGACUAUGUCACGGAACUGGGCCACCCGUAUAUGUGGGUGCAGAAACUGGGGGGGCUGAAUUUCCCCAAAGACCAGCCACAGAGUCCCGUGGUAGCCGAUAACUCCCUGAGUGCCAGCCACAUGGAGAGGACGAUGAAGCUGCUCAAGAUGAGGCUGGAGUCCCGCCUCGCUCUGCAUAAGCAGUUUGCUUCGCUGGUUUUCCUUACAAGCCGUACACCCCGUAUGUCUCUUGCUUGUGCUUUCUUGCAAGCUCUUUUGUUCUCCAGUUUGGAUGUAACCCCUGGUCUGCUUUGCAGAGCUGUAAUGAAGCGCUUUGAUGUACUACACAAAUGGUGUUCUGAGCAUGGAAUCCUGCCUGUCUCCAGUGAAUGCCAGCACCUCUUUCCAGCUAAGAUUGUGUCACGCUUGACAAAGUGGACAGCCAUCACCUAUGAGGACUACCUGGAGUUGCCCUACACGAAGGAUGUUGUGGAGGCUGGUUUGGCAGAGGACACGCACCUGUACUACAUGGCCCUGGUCGAAAGAGGGACAGCCAAACUGCAGGCCGCCGUGGUGCUGAAUCCCGGCUACUCCAGCAUUCCACCCAUCUUCAGCCUGUGCCUGAACUGGAAAGGGGAGAAGACGGGCAGCAACGACAGCAACAUCCGGGCCAUGGAGAGCGAGGUCAGUGUCUGCUAUAAGGAGCUUCAAGGCCCCAAGCCCGGCCACCAGCUCCUGACCAACCAGCUGCAGCGCUUGUGUGUCGUGCUGGACGUCUACCUCGAGACGGAGACCCACGACAACAGUGUGGAGGGCCCGAAGGAGUUUCCGCAGGAGAAGAUGUGUCUGCGCCUGGUCAGGGGACCCAGUCGGAUGAAGCCAUUCAAGUACAACUACCCCCAGGGCUUCUUCAGCCAUCGCUGAGCCCUGCAGCUGAGAGCGCGGCCUGAGGCGAGAGAUGCUUGGUGGGCAGAUAUCCGGCUUGACCCUGUCCCAGGCAUGCCAGAGGUUUCUGCCUUCGGUGGCUUCGGUUCAUUCCAUUCUGUUAUCCGUAGUGGAGGUAGUUUUGAAAGAAUUAAAAUGUAAAGACAAGUGUGUUUCCUAAA